AUGAAAUGGAACACAACUUUUAACUUGUCACAUGAUUUUCUGUGUAUCUGGUGUUAUUUAGAUCCGGGUCGGUUGAUCAAAGAUACUCCAGAGGUCAUCCCAAAUCCGGCACAUACAGGUAUGUUAUCACUUAUCAAUAUUUUUUUAAAAUUUUAUACCUUUGUAUAAUUCAGGAAUUUUAAUAAUAAUUUAAAUCAAAUACCAUGGAAAAAGGUGAAAGUUUUAGAAGAAAAAUAGAUUUUAAUAUAUUUUUCUAUUGUUUCACUAUUUGAAACUUGUAGACCACUAGAGCGUUAUGACCAUGCAUGUAUGCAUAUGGUUACUAACAUCAAUAUAUAUAAAAAUUAUAUAAUAAUCGCAAAACUGCAUGACUACCAGUGAUCUCUGUAUAAAACUGAAACGAUAACUCUGGUUUUGUUUUUGAAGCCAAGAAGGCGGGAAUCGAAGGCCGUCUUGUAGGUAUGCCCAAAACCCUAUGCGCGCAAAUUUACUCAAUUUAUCGCAAAUCAUCGGCAUCGUUUAAUGUAGAAAAUUCAUAAUUGUUCAGUCGAUUGAUAUUUUCUUCUGCUAAUUAAUUAUACAAUGACCCUAAAAAACUGUGGCGAGUAGGCCGCCUUUCAGAAUAAGUAAAUUUUAGAAACACUUAGUUAAAAAAAAACAAAGUUAUUUGAUGAGUAAAAAGCAUGUUCGAGUAAAAAGCAUGUUCGGGUAAAAAACCGCGGACUCAGCAAACUUUAUUUGUUUAUAUGGACUACUGUAUUUAUAUGAUCGAGGGAUGUGAAAAGAAAACAGGAUAAUAUGGAUUGCAGUUGCAUCGAUCUUAUCUUUUUGUUUAGUUUUUAGCUUUUAAGGAAGUUAUUUACCACAAAAAUUAGAAUUUACGUGGAAAAACUGAAAACUGGACUUUUUCAGCUAACGCGAAGCCAACGCGAAGUACACGCGUGUUUUAUACCUACAAGAAACCCUCCAUUGGCCGCAAUGUUGGCUUCUCCCAAUCAUAUAGGGCCUUUUAUUAGGAGUUAUCGUUACAGUAUUUAUACAACACACUUGUGACUGCAUAGAAUACUGGCGAUUCUCGUUCCCAGGCGUAAGUUCGCACUGCGAGAACUGACCCUUGCAAAUGAUGUCACAACACAUAAUUUUGACGUAUCUCUUUGAUUUCCGCCACUUUGGAUGGAAAUAUUCAAAUCGAAAAAAAAACCUGUACUGUGUCAAUUAGCCGUCCAAUUUCCCCACAUUUCUUCAAUAUACAGUGUACUGCUGUGGAUAAUGCCAACCAUUAUUUCUGCAACCCAACAUCGCGGAUUUCUAGCGUGACGUAAUAUUCUCGCGUGACUGCAAGCUCUGAAUAUGUUGUGAAAUACAUUCCAUUUUGUAACUUUUUUCCUGAAGUAUUGCUUUGUAUCACUAUUUACAUUAAAAAAUUCAACUAGUGAGGGUCUCACAGCGGUUUCCAGGAAACAAGGAACAAGACAUAGUUUGCAAUGGGAACAAUGCAUAGUGAAAUCUUUGUGGGGAACAAGGGAACAAAGGAAAAAUUUCCAAGUGAACAUGGGAAGAACAUAGACCCUCGCUGGGAGACCCUCACUAGUUUCUAAAGAGAAAUGAAAAGAAGUUCUGUAAGUGGCUAUAGACAAUCUAUACCAUUUGCUGGCCGUACGAUCAACUGGACAGGUGGGAGAUCUCAAUCUUUACGUUCCCAGGCGUUGGUCAAUAAUAUAUUAUAACCCUUGAUCCAGGGGCCAAGUUGCACACUGUAUAUAAAGGUAGUGGUUAAAAAGUAGUUAAGACUUUUAUACAUCUGCGGCGGUUGUAUAGAAAGGCCGGAUAGCGCUACCAAUGGAUAGUGAUUUUUUCAAGCUUUGUUAAAUCAGUCGUUGAUUAGCAUAACUCGUAUUAAAGUUUAGUAUUUGAAAGUUAAAUGUUUUUUAUACUUCUUGUGUCGUCUAUAUCCGUAGUUUCGCAGUUUUCAAGCACUUUUACAAAGGUUGAAAAAAUUACUAUCCGGUGGAUAGCGCAAUCCGGCCUUCGUACAACCGGCCCCACCCCCCUGGUGUUUUCCUACUUAUGGUAUCCCAUAGCCAUAUGUGACUUUCAAAUGUUUUUCUGCUUCAGAUAAAUCUCGAGUGUUCAUUGUUCAUUACAACCACUGCGGGAUGUGCAAAGACGUCACUCAUGCACUCGCAAAUUUGCUAGAUAGAACUGGAUACGUUAAAUGUGUUGUGGAUUUCUGUAGUGAUCACGAGAUUGCGAAGAGAGGAAUGAGCUGGUAUGAGGAGGAGAUAAAGCGUUGUGAUAAAAUUAUUGUUGUUUGUACUAAAGAUGGAAAGAUAAUGUACGACGACAAAGAGCACAAAAAAGGUUUGUGUUGUUUCCUUUUACUUCCACACGAGUGUAUAUUUUAUUUACGUGGAGGUAUAACCAAGACUGUUUGAUGUUGUUAACCAGCAACUCCAGUUUUAGAUAGCUAACCCCACUGCCUUCACAUUAUUUUUGGAGUUAGCCUGUAACUUCGGAGUUAGUCUUAAUUCAUGUUUUGAACGGUCCACAUUUUCAAUUUAAGCCUCGUUUACACUAUGAAUUUACCGUAGCACGUUGAUUUGCAUCUGCAGUGCCAAACGUAGUGGACCAUGGCAAACACUCUGUUAUGGUGUAAACACAAUUCUAUAAAAGAAAUGUGGUGAAUAUUUAACGGAAUGGUAGCCGUAUGUAUAUAUAUCGUUAAGUGGAGACGCGGCGUUAGACUACGGAGAUAGCAUUGAUCCAUGGCUCCUUAACUUCUGCAGAUAUGCAUUGCUAUAAUUUCUUCUACACUGAAAACCAGUUCUUGUUGUUAGUGUCUUUUACCUUCCACUUCGAUAUACUUUUUCCUACAUGUCGUUAUGACUGCCCUCAGCUCCAUGCGAUAAAAGUGUUGCAAGUUUGAUUCACCAAACACCGCAGGUUGUCUUCUGACUUCGGAAUCCUCAUAAUAACGCUAAAUGAUAUGGAGUGAGCCGUACUGGACUUUUAAGAACACUUAGAACUGAUGCUUGUAUCUCAUAUGAAUAAAAGAAGUGUUUACUUAAUUUUUCUUUAGUAACUAAUUUUAUCAGGGUGACUUAAUGGCUCUCGGUUGAGAGUAUAAUUUUAUAUAGGCGUGCAGGUAUAGUCAUGAAACGUUAAUGAAGGCCGGGUAUAGGCUAGGGUGGCAAUUAGGCGUGGGGUGACAAAGUGUGGAGGGUGCAACAUCUUCCAUAAAUGCUUGGUUCUAGCCAUUCUCAAUUAGUGUGUUUUCAAGAAAGGAUUUACCUUGAAAUAAAAGAUUAUGAUAUCAUCAAGUACAGAUCCCUAAAAUAAUUACCAUUCCCGGUUAUCACUAUGCAAUCUGCAAAGUAAGGGUCCCCAAAUCGACAUGGAAUUUUAUCAAGACGGAUUCAGCUCGUUGAAGCCCCAACAAGGCGGGCGCAAUCCCCUAUGCAAUCACAUACAUGCCCCCUCCACUACAUCCCUAAUAUUAUAUGACCGCUUAAUUUAAUUUGUUUUUAUCUAGACGGCCAAUAUACUUUCAUGCUCAACAUGAUGUUAGGACAAAUGGUAAACCACCAUAACAGAAGUCUUCAAAUCGUUCCAGUUUAUUUUGACAUUUCUUCUAAUGACGACGUCCCAUUCUUUCUAAGUGAAUAUGAAUGUUAUUCUUUACCUUCACAUUUGCGAGACCUAUGUUCAGCUCUUCGUUCAGAAAUUAAUUUCCACGUUGACUCGAACAUGGACGACACUUCCAAUGAUAUGAUGCAGCACAUUAGUAAUUUGAGAAGUGCAAUCGAAAUCAUUGGACGAAAUCAUAAAGGGUACAGGAAGUUGAAACUAACAAAAACAACGUCACUAUAACAUGAAAUAUACAGUAUCUUAAACAUAGAUAUCUCAUAUACACUAGAUAGUGCAUUAUACUGCAAUUCAAAAAUUGAAGCCGUGAUUGCAGUCUCAGAUCGUUCUCAUGAAAUUAGAAGAUUCGCAUGUUUUCUCUUUCUUAAACAGGGAACUUAAAAUUAAGUUAAAUCUAUUCCAAAUACGUUUUUAAACUAUUCAAAUGAUGAAAGUUAUUGCUGUUUUUAAGAGUUUAUUAGCAAGUGGGAACGACCAACAUGGCCGCCAUCUAUUCAAAUGGGGGUAACCGCUGGAAUGUUCUUGGUUUCAAUUUUACUAAAAGAGAUGCGCUAUCUAGUGUAUAUAAGAUAUCUAUGAUCUUAAAUCAUCAAGUGGCGAGGGCUUUGAAGCGUAGGGAAAAUGUGGGGUUAAUUUAAGAAAACAAAAGGUUUAAUGAAAAGCUAGAUUGAAUUGUUAUCGCCACUCUAUUGAAUUCAUUAACCACUCUACUGUACUGUACAGGGUGUUCCAAAAUAACGAAAACUAUUGAAAUCACUUAUUGUUAAAUUUGAAUGCCCUGCCAAACAGCUGGACGUAAUGAUGCGUAAAAUAUUGACAAGGUGCAUGUAUUAGAAUUUAGUUAGGAAUAUCUCCUGGUAAAGUUCGCGAUUUUCUGCUCCUGGGAAUUAAAAACAGCUUCUUAAACAGUUCUUUAUGCAUAAAAUUUACUUAUGACAAUCAUUUAUGCACUCGUGGGAACCAACAGAGCGCUAAGGCAUUCAAAUUCUAACAAUUAAAUUGUUAUUGAUGAUUUCAAUAGUUUUCGGGUUUUUUGGGACACCCUGAAUUCAUCAGUGACUUUACAGACUACAGGGUGUUUAAAAAAAACGCAACCUUGGAAUUUCCUAAGAAAUCCACUUUGCAAUUAAAUAAAAGAUUUUAGGCCUCUGGGAAUUUAAAUCGAAUUGCUAAUAGAUCAUAUUACUGUUAUUAUGCCGUACUUGUAAAAUAAAAACUCAUUAAGUGUCAUUAAAUAAAUACGUAAAUUUUGUUUUACGCACUCGCGUGUACAGUAAUUUUGACAGGUGUGCUAUUUUGAAUUCCCAGGCACCUAAAAUCGUUUGUCCUUAAAACGAUGUCGAUUUCUUGGGAAAUUCCGAGGUUGCGUUUUUUUUAUACACCCUGUACAAGGUGUCCCAAAAAACCUGCAAACUAUUGAAAUAACAUAUUGUUCGAAUUUGAAUGCCUCAGCACUCUGCUGAACACACAAGUGAUAAAAGAUUAACAUAAGUAAAUUUUAUGCAUAAAGAAACUGUUUAAGAAGCUGCUUUAAAUUCCCAAGAGCAGAAAAUUGUGCGCCUUUACAAAGGUAUUCUAAUUUGUUAAUACAGGGUGAGUAAAAAAACUGACACCUUUGUUAUUCAAAUUAGCCGCGAAGGUAUCAGUUUUUUUUACUCACCCUGUACAGUAUGCCUGCACCCUGUCAUUAUUUUACCCAUCUUUGCGUUCAGCUUAGUGCUAAGGCAUUCAAAUUCUAACAAUACGUUUUUUCACCAGUUCAGUCGGCUUUUUGGGGCACCCUGUAACAGGGUGUAUCAAAAAACCUACAAACCUUUGAAAUACAAUAUUUUUAGAAUUUUAAUGAUUCAGAACUGAUUCCAAGCGUGCGUAAGCACAAUAGUUGACCCAUUCGGAUUCGAACGCCUUGUUAGUUUUCUGCAUUACAAAUAACUUUGUGUUAUUCUAAAUUCUAUCAACGCUUUCAGGAGCAAAUCCCAG